CUUGCGGAAGUGACGCAGCACACACUGUCACUGUUGUUGUUUCGCUUCCUCCACUGGCUCCUCCCUCGUUCCCGAGUCGCAGCCGGGCUCUUGGACCGCGCUGUCUCCGUGAUGUUCCUCUGUCCGACAUGGAACCCAAACGCUUGGAGGUGCCGGACGGAGUCCUUGAUGACCUAUGCAGUCGGUUUAUUUUACACAUUCCCAGUGAAGAAAGAGACAACGCUAUUAGACUUUGCUUCCAAAUUGAACUGGCCCACUGGUUCUAUCUGGACUUCUGGAUGCAGAACAUUCCAGGCCUGCCUCAGUGUGGGAUAAGAGAUUUUGCCAAAGCAGUCUUCCAGCAUUGUCCAUUUUUACUUCCUAAUGGUGAAGAUGUACAAAGGGUUCUGAAUGAGUGGAAAGAGUACAAAAUGGGAGUGCCAACCUAUGGUGCCAUUAUUUUAGAUGAAUCCCAUGAAAAUGUGCUGCUUGUUCAAGGUUAUUUAGCAAAAUCUGGGUGGGGGUUCCCCAAAGGGAAAGUGAAUAAAGAGGAAGCUCCACACGACUGCGCUGCUCGAGAGGUUUAUGAAGAGACUGGCUUCGAUAUCAAAGACCGCAUGUGCAAUAAUGACUACAUUGAGCUGAAGAUUAAUGACCAGCUAGCUCGUUUAUAUAUCAUUCCUGGAGUACCCAAAGACACAAAGUUUAAUCCAAAAACAAGGAGAGAAAUUCGGAACAUUGAGUGGUUUCCCGUAGAAAAACUGCCCUGCCAUAAAAAUGAUAUGACGCCUAAGUCGAAGUUGGGAAUGGCUCCAAACAAAUUUUUCAUGGUGAUUCCUUUUAUUAGGCCACUGCGUGACUGGCUUCAUAGGAAGUUUGGUGACUCCUCAGAUAGUGAUAAUGGAUUUGCCUCUGCUGGAAGCACUCCAUCCAAACCAAACGCUGAAAAAUCAAAAUCCAAAAUGCGAUGUGUGCCACAGUUCGCUGAACUAACUCCAGCUGAUCAAACCAUAAAAAACAAGCCACAGCAGCAGCAGAAGCCAUACAGUCAUCUCAACACAGCAGAAAUGUCAGAAAUGCUAAAGAACAAGAAUCCAAGCCUUAGGAAUAAUGGAAAGAAGCAGCACCAGGACUCUCCAAACCAGAAGAAGAAAGCAAAUGGCUCCCACAAUCAACAAGUGAAGCAGCAGAAUAGUAUUUUGAAAUCCGAGCGGAAGCUUAACCCUAGAAGACUUAAUGACACCUUUGGAGCAGACUCUGUGCUAGACAUGUGUUAUCCUAGUGAUGAGCAGCAGUGUGACUCUGAAGAGACCCCUGACACUUGCAGUGAGACCUAUGAGUGCUCUUUCUCCUCACGAGCUUUCCUGGACUUUCGCUUUGAUCGUGAUGCCAUAAUGAAAUCAAUCGAUGUUUAAGCUGUCAGCAGUUACACAAGCUUUGUCAUAGGCCCAUGUGGAUUCUACAUGCCUUACCUUCCUCAGGGGUUCCAUGGACAUACAGGGAUGGUGUGUGUUUAGAUGCAUGCUUUCCCAAGGACUACUUACCCCAUUCCUUGAUUCGGGUGGGUAGGUUUAACCUUCUCCUUGCACUGUUUUUUAUUUUUAAUCUUUAUUGUGAAGCUGGCAGUCUAUAUGAUUUUACUUUUCAGUGUUCAAGCUUCUUCACAAGUAUGUGUUGUUGGACAUUGCCUAAAUGAGCAGAGUAGGCAACCUUCAGCACUUCAGUUGUUACAGAGCUGUCAGGGGCAUGCUGGGAGAUGUAGUUUUUUGCACAGUUUGAGUGCUGAAUGUGACCUAUCCAUGCCCUAACUUCAUGGUUCAUCUUUUUUCAUUUCUUCCUGAUGUAGAUGUGACACUAGAUUGUUUUUAUAAUUAAUAAUACAUUGUUACUGUAUUUGUAUUAA